AUACAUAGGUAGCUCUUACCAUUUGUUUCAUUUCUAUUAUUGGGCAUAUCUCAGCUUGAUCUACUUUGGCUAUUGGCAUUUUUCGAGGGAAAGAAAGUAUUUUUGUGCCUCACUUGCGAAUCAUUCGACAUACUCACCUAGAACAACACUAUUCUUGCCUUAUCAAUUCGCGCGGCUGCGAAUUGUUAACCUACAAGGAUGGGCUUAUUAGCUUUGGGUACGGCCCUUGAUUGGCCGGAUGCGCAGAAGCAUGCGCAACAAGUCAGAGCAUGGGGUAUCAAGCAAUUGCUAGAGAUAUGGAAUAAGGCCAAGCACAAGGAGAGAGAUGCUAUGUUAUGGGGUGAUGAGAUAGAGUAUCUGGUUGUGAAAUAUUCCAAAGAUGACCCUAAAGUCCUCUUAUCGCUUCGACAAGCCGAUAUUCUGAAUGCUCUGGCAGCUGAUGAGGAACUCGCCGAUAAGGGCGGCUGUGUUCCAGCGCUCCAGGAGCUUGAAGCACAGAGAUCGAAUCCACUACCAGUUUUUCACCCUGAAUUUGGCAGGUUUAUGCUUGAAGCUACCCCAGGCAAGCCAUGGGGCAUCGGAUUUAAAGAACUUUUGAGUGUUGAGCCAGAUAUGAAGAUCAGGAGGAAGAUUGCUAAGGAGCACAUGCAUCCUGAAGAAUACCCACUCACACUGACGACCUUUCCUCGUUUGGGAGUUCCAGGCGUCUUUACGGACCCCUAUUACCCACCAUCUGGAUCUAAACUUCGGUCACAGUUUGUGCCGGAUGAGAUUGCUAACCCACACAUUCGUUUCCCAACCCUCGCGGCGAACAUACGCUGGAGGCGCGGGAGGAAGGUACAAGUGAACGUCCCAGUUUUCCAUGACGAGAAGACGCCAAAUCCAUGGAAGGAUCCCACUGUCAAUUACGAUCUCCACAAUUGGCCUGAGGAUGACGAUGUGAGAAAUGGCGCGGCCCCGGAUAACUUUAUCCAUAUGGAUGCUAUGGCAUUUGGAAUGGGAAGCUGCUGCUUGCAAAUCACAUUCCAAGCGAAGAACAUUAUCGAAGGCAGACGGAUGUAUGACCAGCUCAGUCCGAUUGGCCCCAUCAUGCUGGCUUUGACAGCGGCAACGCCAAUCUAUAAGGGGUUCCUAGCUGAUACCGACGUCCGGUGGAAUCAAAUCAGUCGUGCUGUAGAUGACCGGACACCUGAAGAGCUAGGAGAAAAACCCCUGAAAACUAGUCGUUGGCGUAUACCAAAAUCCCGCUACGCAUCAAACUCCACUUACAUCAGUACCGAUACUCGUCUUCGACCAGAAUAUUUUGACCCGAACCUGAUCAUCGACGAGGCUAUAAAAGAGGAGCUUUUAGAAGGUGGCAUGGAUGAUCGCCUGGCGACACACUUUGCGCACUUGUUUAUCCGUGAUCCUAUCGUAAUAUUCAACGAGGACCUUGAAGAGCUCGACCUGACCAAAGCCGAUCAUUUCGAAAACAUUCAAAGCACCAAUUGGCAACACAUGCGUUUCAAGCCGCCGCCACCGGGAUCCGAUAUCGGUUGGCGUGUUGAGUUCCGGCCCAUGGAAAUACAAAUUACAGAUUUUGAGAAUGCUGCCUUCGCCGUGUUCAUGGUGCUAAUCACGCGCGCGAUCUUGAGUUUCGAUCUCAACUUUUACAUCCCUAUUGCUAAAGUGGACGAGAACAUGGAGACCGCGCACGCCCGAGACGCAGUCUUGGAGAAGAAAUUCUACUUCCGGAAGAACCCAUUCCCCAAUCGGCCAAUGCGCAGUAGCGCGACGUCCCGAUCGGGCUCUCCCACGGUCAGCAGACCCGCCACACCUUUCGGGCCCGUUGAGGAUGAGUACACGCUCAUGACAGUCAACGAGAUUAUCAAUGGCUCGCAAUCUGACGACCACGACUUCCCCGGCCUAAUUCCCAUCGUCGAGAGCUACCUCGACUCUGUUAACGUCGAUGUACAGACCCGCUGCGAUCUCUCGACCUACCUCGACCUCAUCCGCAUGCGCGCCAGUGGCGAGCUCUGGACCGCAGCGAAGUGGAUCCGACACUUCGUCGCCAAGCACCCCGGCUACGGACGUGACAGUGUCGUCACGGAUGAGAUCAACAAGGAUCUGGUGGGCGCCGUCAUCGACAUAAGCGAAAGGGAGCAGGCAGGCAAAGGUUGGAGGGACCUACCGGUCCCCGAUGUGGGGCACCUGCUCGGGCGGUUCAGAAGCAGCGGCUGCGGAGGCUUAUAGAGUAGUAAAGCGGCAGAUUGGCUGCGACAGACCAGUUUGUAUGGGAGAAAGAAAGGGAGUGAUGUAUUCGUUAUUGGCAUGCCGAAUUGCAUACACGACGGCGAUUCUCUCGCCGACUGAACAAGUAGCUGUAUGGUACAUUGAGCAUAGGGAUAUUAGAACAGGUAAAUACCUAGUAUGUAGCAAUUUUAUUUUUUAGUUUUACUGAAGUGUUGAUGUUAUGUUGUAGCACGGUCCUAGUUCGUUGGUCUCUUACCUACCCUAUUUGAAGUAUAUGAUGUUACGGUAGGUUACCUACUAAUAAGAUGCCUACUAGGUAACUGGUAUUUAUUGAUUGCCAAAAGC